AUGCAGAAUAGACCUCAAUCAGCAAUAAUGAAGUUGAAAUCUGAGGCAUCUGAUGCUCGAUCUAGAGAUUCAAUAUCUCAUCUAAUGUUUACUCCUAAACCAAACAAAGUUACGAGCCCUCCAACUAAACGUUAUGCUGAUGGAGAGACUCUCUAUAUUCAGAAUCUUUAAUACAAACAAGAGGCCAAUGUGCUACGUAUGCAGAAUAUUAAGUUGAGAACUUUGGUUUAAUAGUUAUAAGUAAUUUAUCUAUAUCUUAAUACUUUAGAAUCGCAUAUAGUAAAUAGAGAAAGUUGAUCGCUAUCAGUUACACACAGACCCAUUAGGAUUGACAACUGCAAAUCAAGAAGGGAGUAUUGUGCCAAUGUUAAAAGCCAAGAUUCGAGAAUAGGCAUAAUAAAUAACAGAGCUUACAGAUGAUUUGAGAAGACAAUGCAAAUCUGUGAAAUUAACUUAACUAGUAGAAUUGCAGAAAGAGAUAAAGAAUCAGUAGGAUGAAAUCAUGCGCUUGAAACAGUUUCAAUAAGUCGCCAUCAAGGUGACAGACCAAGAGUAUGCUUUCCAUAUGAAAACAGCUUAUUUAAUGAUCCAGAUAUAGGGGAGCGUAUAAAAAAUUAUGUGUUGACCAUCAAUGCCCAAGAGAGCCAAAUUGAAGUACUAGAGAAGCAAAUCAAUCAACUUAAAUGUGAAUAUUAGGGGCUUGUUGAAGAUAAUAUUAAGGUCAAGGAGGAAGUCAAGCAGAUUUCUUUUGAGAAAACUCAAUUGAAGAAAAAGUUAGAGGAUUAAAUCAUUACUGAGACUGAAUAAUAUUAAUAGAAGAAAAGGGAAUUUUUGGAGAAGAAACUGCAGUAUCAUGCAUUAUUAUAAUUAGGAGUGUAUUAAAAUAAGUAGACUCUUUGAAGGGAGAACUAUCCCUUUAUGAGACUAAGUACAAAUAGGUUACAAAAUAAUAGCAAGAUUAAGAACGAGAGUUUAAAUAAUAAAUAGCCAUAGCUCAAAAAUCUAAACAGAAUUUAGAAGAUGUACUUCUUAAGAAGGAAUUACUAAUGUAUUAUUUCAAAUAAAUUUAUUAUUAAUUAGAUAAGAUUUACAAGAUCGUGUUGCUAUAUAAGAUUUACUUAAAUAGAAGACUACAUCUGAAGAGCCUGUUGUUAAACAUUUGAUUCCACCCAAAUGUUAUAGAUCUGAGUUUACAUAAUUUCCAGAAGUUCAAUAAGCAGAACAUAAGGCUACUGAUAUUAUAAAUACCGAUCCUAUUGAUUAAGAAAGAUUAAAGGAAUUACUUGAAGAUUUAAGGUAUAAAGUAAUAUCAAUGUGCUUGACUCGAACUAGACUUCAAUACUUAUUUAAAGGAAUAUAAUUUAUUUAAUUGCAAUAAGGAUUAGAAUUGUUUAUGAAGAGACCCUUUAAUUAUUCAGAAAAAGAUUCAUUAGUGCUAAGUAGAUAUUUCAUUGGAGAAGACAAAGGAUAAGCAUAUCGAAUUCAAUGGGAAGACACUCAGAGUGUUACUGAUAUGAUACAGUAAAUAGUUCCGAGUAAGGAAGACACUCAAUUCAAUUUCAAAAGCAUCAUAAAUAGGAACAGCGUAAUAAAAUUCUUGAAUUUCGAAAUGAAAUAGAUAAGACUAGAGGAUAAAAAGUACAAUAUUGAUGAUUACAUAAUCUACAUAAAGAACAAUACAAAGUGGAAUUAAGAACAUAUAAGUUUUCUGAAAUUAAUAAAUUCUUUGUAUCUUGGGGAUUCUGGUACUAUCGAUCAAGGAUUUUUGAGUUUGUAUUUGAGGGAGGAGUGUGAAAUGAUGGAUUAAUUAAAUAAAUUAUAGAUGAACAAUUUCCAAAUAUACAAAUCAACACCAAAGAUCAUAGUAAAAUACGAUGAUGAUGAGGAGAUAGUGUAGAAGCAGAUUGAAAUGAAAAUGCAGAUAACUGUUGAACCAAUUCUAACAUAUUCACGUAAAUAGAGAGUUUUAAAUUAGAAUUACGAUUGAAUGAUAAUUCAUUGAAGACUUCUGAAAGUAGAAAGCCAACAACUUGUGGAAGAGAGAACAUUACCUACAGUGAGACUUAUGUGGAGAGCAUUCCUUUCAUAAAGAAGUAAAGUGAUUAGGCAAAAGUUGUAAUAUAAAAAGUGGAACAGAUCAAGGAGUAGCAAAAGGAAGAAGAAUAGAGCUAGUUUCAAUUAACAGACAGCUUAUUAUAGCCUCCUUCUCUUUUAAAGAAUAAAGUAGUGAGUGGGGAGGAAGAGCAGGUGGUUGAAGAGGAGAUCUAUUAUGAAGAACUUUGA